AGAAGCUAGCGGAGAGCAGUAAUAGAAGCUAGCUGCGCCAUUCAACAUGCGUGCAAAGUGUCUGAUAGUCUUCGGUGCUCUGUAUGCUGGCCUCUUAGCUUCGGCAGUUAAGGGCGAAACGUUCCAUUGCACAAACCCGGAUUACACAGAGGAUGCAAAGUUCGAUAACGUGGUCAUAACACAAUCUUCAAACUAUGAUUUUGCAUGCAGUUACUUGGCACAUUACAAGCUAUUUAUCUACUUUGACUCGUCGCAAAUGGAGGACAUUCCAAGGAAGCUUUUCUCAACGUUCAAUGCGCAAAAGGUAGUACUUAGCGACUGUGGCAUUCGACAAAUUUCCCGCUACAGCCUGGAGCGUGCAUCUCAGCUGCAAGUGUUGGAUCUAUCCCACAACAGUAUAGCGGAAUUGAAGAACUUCGUCUUCCAGGGUGCUUAUCAGCUGCUUACGCUCAAUCUAACCGCCAACAACAUCAGUGUUAUCGAGGAACGGGCUUUCGACUCUCUGGAAAUGCUAAAGAUGCUACUAUUGGGAAGCAAUAGUCUGCAAGUGCUAGAUGGACGCGUGUUUGUGUCGCUGACAGCCCUCGAGGGCGUAGUUCUUUCCAACAAUCAGCUACGUGAACUUGGGAAAGGUUUGUUUACUCAAAAUGGAGCACUAAGAGAAGUUCAUUUGCAAAGCAAUCAGUUGGCCAACGUUACGGAAGAAGCCUUCUGGAGCUCUGACGACGAGGUCGGUGUCAACCUAGAUGAGCUCGUAUUAAACAAAAACAUAAUAAAACAGCUAAGCCUUCCAAAUAUGCACGUAAAUAAGCUGAAAGUGAUAAACAACCAGCUGACUCAGCUUCACAUUUCGACGACGGUAGCAGAACUCUAUUGCUCGCAUAACAAAAUCUCAGAAAUUGUGAUUGAUAAUGCUUCCAAGUCACAGUUACAUACACUGGACAUUACAAACAAUACGGUUUCAUCUCUCGAAUCUAUUGCUCAGUACCGCUCCCUGCACACAUUGUAUCUUGGCGUCAAUCCACUGAAACCACUCAACGUGAGCAGUUUUGCAACUUUAACCAAGUUAAAGAAUCUUGGUUUGGAGCAGACCAACAUUACUAACCUACGUCAUGGAAUGUUUGGACACCAGGAGCAGCUCGAGUGGCUCGAUUUGGCUUUUAACGAGCUGGCCGAUUUGGAUCUGGAUAUUUUAACUUCUUGCACAAAAUUGGAAACGCUUUACCUCGAUGGCAAUCGGCUAAAGUCGAUCGAUUACGAGCAGAUGAAAACUCAUUUCCCUCAGCUCGCGCUGCUCGGUAUCGCUGGCAAUGACUGGAAUUGCACGUAUCUUACCAAACUGGUGCGCUCAUGUGGUGCACAAUCGAUAAAGAUUUACAAAGAGACUAGAUUGAAAGCAGAGCCAGAUCAGCCUAAUGUGAAAGGCAUCAGCUGCCUGGAUGAUAAGCACAAGACGCGUAACUGGACUGCCACUAUAGAGGAGCUUCAUACGGCGUACAACGAGAGUGAUAGAGCGGACGAUGCUGCUCUUACGGAGUUGUUCCAGAACAUAAUGUCGGAUAUGAAGCGUUACGGAGAUGAUCAUUUGAGGACGAUCAAUCAAACGUCCCGCCUCGAGGCAGCUCUGUUCGAUUUGACGAAACAACAGUUUCAGCUGCAAGCAAAUCUCAAUGCACUUCGCGAAUCCCAGCUCAAGAUGGAACUCACGCAGCUGUCGAAUCGUACGAACAUUUCUUCCUCCAGCAAUGAGGAGUUGAAGCGCAUGAUAGAGAACGUCAACAAUCUGACGCUCGAUAAGCAGCAGCUCACUGCGCAGAAGCUAGAGCAACGCAUCUACGAGCAGUCGUUCAAAGUGGAUAAAGCGCUCGAGAUGGCCAAAGAGAUCGGAGCGAAGCUUACGAUACUGGACAAACGGAUGGAACAGUGGGUUGCGAACAUUGUCAACUCGGACGGGACCGGUCUCUAUCUCUCAAAACCACAGAUGCAGGCUCAGCGUGGGAACGACGAGGCGCGAGGACAGGGUGACCAAGGCUGGAUCAUCGCAACGAUGUUGCUACUGGUUGUGGCCGUGGUGUGCGUAUUGGGAUAUCUGGUGUAUGAGAGAAGAAGAUAUCGCUCGCACUGGCUAACUCGCAUGCGUGGUAUUCGCGAAGAAAGCAGUUUAACGACGAUUGUGGAAAACCAAAUUUGAAUGCGUUGGUGACACGUUACUACUCCUUUUUCUUUUUGAUUUUUUGAUCCAAUAAACUGCAUAAGAAAAC